AUGUCGAAGUUAAAGUGCUCGGAGUCGGUCAGAGUGGUGGUGCGAUGCCGGCCGAUGAACAGCAAAGAGAAAGUAGCCUCCUACGAGCAAGUGGUCCAAGUGGACGUCAAGUUGGGGCAGGUGUCAGUGAAGAACCCCAAGGGGACUUCUCACGAGCUGCCAAAGACUUUCACCUUUGAUGCCGUUUACGACUGGAAUUCCAAGCAGUUCGAGCUCUACGAUGAGACCUUCCGGCCCCUGGUGGACUCGGUGUUGCAGGGGUUCAACGGGACCAUCUUUGCCUACGGGCAAACCGGCACGGGGAAGACGUACACGAUGGAGGGUGUGCGUGGCGACCCCGAGAAAAGGGGCGUCAUCCCCAAUUCCUUUGACCACAUCUUCACGCACAUCUCCCGGUCUCAGAAUCAGCAGUACCUGGUGAGGGCUUCUUACCUGGAGAUCUACCAGGAGGAAAUCCGGGACUUGUUGUCAAAGGAUCAGUCCAAGAGGCUGGAGCUGAAGGAGCGGCCGGACACGGGAGUGUACGUGAAGGACUUGUCGUCCUUCGUCACAAAGAGCGUCAAGGAAAUAGAGCACGUCAUGAACGUGGGGAACCAGAACCGCUCGGUCGGGGCCACCAACAUGAACGAGCACAGCUCCCGUUCGCACGCCAUCUUUGUGAUCACGAUCGAGUGCAGCGAAGUGGGGCUCGACGGGGAGAACCACAUACGCGUCGGGAAGCUCAACCUCGUGGACCUUGCUGGCAGCGAGCGCCAGUCUAAGACCGGAGCCCAGGGGGAGAGGUUGAAAGAAGCGACAAAGAUCAACCUCUCUCUCUCUGCCUUGGGCAAUGUCAUAUCUGCCCUGGUGGACGGCAAAAGCACUCACAUUCCCUACCGGGAUUCCAAGCUCACCAGGCUGCUCCAGGAUUCGUUAGGUGGCAACGCCAAGACGGUGAUGGUGGCCAACAUCGGCCCCGCCUCGUACAACGUCGACGAGACCCUGACGACGCUGCGGUACGCCAACCGUGCCAAGAACAUCAAGAACAAGCCGAGAGUGAACGAAGACCCCAAGGAUGCGCUGCUGCGGGAAUUCCAGGAGGAGAUCGCGAGGCUCAAGGCGCAGCUGGAAAAGCGGUCCGUUGUCAAGAGGAAGAAGAAAGACAGGAGGAGAGACGGAAGCUUCAGCGCCGGUGGAGAGGACGAGGAUGAGGAGGAAGAUGGUGAAGAAGGGGAGGAGGAAGGAGGAGGUAACAAAGGUGACUAUUGGAAAGAGCAGCAGGAGAAGCUGGAGAUAGAGAAGAGGGCUAUCCUAGAGGACCACAGUUUGGUGGCCGAGGACAAGAUGAGGCUGCUGAAGGAGAAGGAGAAGAAGAUGGAAGACCUGAAGCGAGAGAAGGAGGCAGCUGAAAGGCUGGGUGCCAAAAUCAAGGCAAUGGAAAGCAAGCUCCUUGUCGGAGGGAAAAAUAUUGUGGAUCACACAAACGAGCAGCAAAAAAUCCUGGAGCAGAAGCGGCAGGAGAUUGCUGAGCAGAAACGACGGGAGCGAGAAAUCCAACAGCAGAUGGAGAGUCGGGACGAGGAGACCUUGGAGCUGAAGGAGACCUACAGUUCCCUACAGCAGGAAGUGGACAUCAAGACUAAAAAACUGAAAAAGCUCUUUUCCAAGCUGCAAGCCGUGAAGGCUGAGAUCCACGAUCUUCAAGAGGAGCACAUCAAAGAGCGUCAGGAGCUGGAGCAAACCCAGAAUGAGCUCACACGGGAGCUGAAGCUCAAGCACCUGAUUAUUGAGAACUUUAUUCCCAUGGAAGAGAAAAACAAGAUCAUGAACAGGUCGUUCUUCGAUGAGGAGGAGGACCAGUGGAAACUGCACCCCAUCACCCGCUUGGAGAAUCAACAGAUGAUGAAGAGGCCCGUGUCAGCUGUGGGAUACAAGAGGCCCCUGAGCCAGCAUGCUAAGAUGUCCAUGAUGGUUCGCCCAGAAGCCCGGUACAGGGCAGAAAACAUUGUAUUGCUGGAACUGGAUAUGCCUAGCCGGACGACCCGGGACUAUGAGGGCCCAGCCAUUGCCCCCAAAGUACAAGCAGCUCUCGAGGCUGCUUUGCAAGAAGAAGAUGAGAUACAAGUGGACGCUUCCACUUUCGAGAGUACAUCCAACAAGAAGUCAAAAUCCAGGCCUAAAACGGGAAGGAAAUCGGGUGGCUCUUCCUCCAGUCCAUCUGGGUCUCAGCUCUACCCUCAGUCUCGUGGGCUGGUCCCCAAGUAAAACCAGUUCCCUGUUAAGGUGUGGCUGUGCAGCUUUGCCUUCCGAGAGCCGAGGCAAGUGAAGGACCUUCGGAGGGGACUCGUGUGGCCAGGCUCCAAAGUGAUUCCCUUCGAGACGAAGCGAUGGCCCCCUCUGCAGCUGAACUAUUGUUGUUUUUUGUCCAGCCAGGCAUGUUCCAGGUGGACUUCCGUCCUCCACGAUGGAAUUCCAUGUCCCUCUGGCAUUUGGUCUCCAAGGGGAAAGAGACUUUAGUUAGGAAAUCAGAAAUGCAUGAGAAUACAUUAGUGUUAGAUGCAACAAGAAGCAUGGGGGGUGGGGGUGUCACCUUGCCAUCUGCUCCUCCUCCUCCUCCUCCUCUUACAGUCUUCUUGCCGCACUUGGUUUGCUUGCCCUUGGGAUGGAGCCCAAAGCCAUCUCAGCAGAACCAGCACUCUGGGACUUGAUGGUGCUUAAUAAUCUAGUGAGGCUGAGAAGUGACCACCCGUGGCCGAAGAUCCGUUUCCUUUCUUUCCAUCGAAAGGCUGGCACCACUGGAAGGGUUUUUGUUUGGGGGGCGGG